AUGGCGGCUGCCUCACCCACGCCCAUGGGGAAUGGCCUCGUUCGGAGGACCUCACAACGACAGGGCCUCAGGAGACUCCCUUCGAGACAGGCCAUGAAUCACAACGAGAGCUACUCUGCUCCCGCGACCUCGUCCGCGCCCAACGGUUACCACCCAAAGCCUCAGCAAUUCCACGAUGAUAGCUCUGAAGACGAGAUCCCCGUACCUAUGAAGCUCAGUGCUCUCACCAAGGCGCUACUGAAUGACGGUGCCCCCGAGUCUGUCGAGCGACCUCCAUCACCCCCUCGAACAAGAAGACGCACCAGUGCUCUGAACGCGUCGACCUCCUCAGCCACAGAAACCCGCCGACACUUGAGGUCCGGAAGCGUCCAGGCCCACGACCAAAGGUCCUCAAGACCGACGAGCCCAGCACCUGCAAGUCGGGAUAUAAGUCCCGUCAGGAAGCGCGUUGUCCGUUUGAGCAACACUCCUCAAAGCCUCAACCAGAUGAAGCCUACCAAGCGACGAUCAACCUCGGUGUCUCGUUCGACACAACGAUCCCGGCCCCGGAGCCGCCCUGGCAGUCGAGACAUGUCCUCUGAUGAGAGACAUGACUCUCAGCAGGAGAUUAACACCCCAGCACAAGGUGGACGCGUCGUGCGAAUAAAUGCUGGGUCUCCUUCAAACCGAAGCCGCGUCGGCUCCACUGGUCCUUCUUCAGGGAGGUCGAUGGAACGGUCUGUGCUGGACAAGUCUGCCCUUGAUAUGGACAAUGAUCAGCCUGAAGAGCCUGCCACCGUCGCACGGAACCCCCCUCCCUUUCACCAUGGCAGUAGCUCGAUGCGCAUUAAGCGUGUCGGAAAGGUUGCUGGUAGCUUUCUUAGCGGACCAGCCCGGCGAGGUCGCCGACGACAGAGCGAGGAGGACGGCGAGGUGAACGGAGAUGGCGAGGUCAUGUCGAGCCAGGAGCCCGAGAGUCAACCUGCCGAUGAUCAGCACGCCCCGUCUUACUAUGGUGAUGGUAUCCGGGACUUUAACUCGGGUAGCCCAGUGAGCGCUGCUAGGGCAGUUCAUCGAAGGAAUGCCUCCAAUCUCGACUUGCGCAUGGAGCAGAAUGAGGAGGAGGAAGAGGAAAUUCACUACCGCCUCCCUGCUCUUCCUCGCCCUGAGCUGCCUUCUGGUCACGACCAAGAGAACAAUGCCCCGCCGAGCUACAAACGGACCAAGCCCUCAGUUGAUGUGCUUCUGGACAAGAUACCCAAGCGACCUGCGAGUGUCGACCCUGCUGCUAUGAGGGCAGUUUCACCAGAACGCAAACCACUGGCAUCCAUGGCCCGAAACACACCUCUUCGCCACGCUCCUCCGCCCCCUCCCAAGAUGUCUGUUCUUGAGGCUGCCACAGCAACUGCUGGUGCUGCCACAACUACCCAGGCGAAGCAGCGACGCAACAUCCUGCGAGUUAAUGGAGUGGCCUACACUCGACUUGAUUGUCUUGGUCGUGGUGGUAGUGGAAAGGUGUAUCGAGUCGCGGCCGAGAAUGGCAAGAUGUUCGCCCUCAAGCGAGUCUCGUUGGAGAACGCCGACGAUAACACCAUCAAGGGCUACCUUGGUGAGAUCGACCUAUUGAAGAAGCUUGGCGAGGUGGAACGCGUUAUCAAGCUGUUUGAUUGCGAAAUGAAUACUGAGAAGCAGAUUCUUACUUUGCUUAUGGAGAUUGGAGAGCUGGACUUUAACACCUUUUUGCGGAAACGUUACAACCCCGAAGCCGCCAAGUUUGAUCCAGUUUUUGUGCGGUUCUACUGGAAGGAGAUGCUCGAAUGCUUGCAGGCGGUUCACCAAUGCGAUAUCGUUCAUUCUGAUCUCAAGCCGGCCAAUUUCGUCCUGGUCAAGGGUCAGUUGAAGCUCAUCGACUUUGGUAUUGCCAACGCUAUCCAGACGGACGAGACCGUCAACGUACACCGCGAGACACAGGUUGGCACACCCAACUACAUGUCCCCUGAGUCCCUCAUGGACUUCAACAACCCCCGAGGAGGCCGCAUGCCCGGACGACCCAAGCUUAUGAAGCUGGGCAAACCUAGCGAUAUUUGGUCCCUGGGCUGUAUCCUUUACCAGAUGGUGUACGGUCUGCCUCCUUUCGGCCACAUUGCCAACCAAAUGUCAAGAUGCCAGGCCAUCAUCAACUGGGAUCAUGAGAUUGAGUUCCCUUCGCGUGGCAUGGGAGGCAUGUCCGUCCCACCUUCGCUUAUCCGCACCAUGAGACGAUGCCUCAACCGAGAGCACCACAUGCGACCAACAUGCGAGGAGCUGCUUCACGAGUCGGACCCCUUCCUUUAUCCUGCUGAGCUUACCGACAAGGCUCUUCCCAUCGACGAGGAGCUGCUUGGUAGAAUCAUUCAGAGUGUGGUGACGAGGUGCCGAGAGCGGAUGCCAACAGAAGCCGAGAGCGUGAGCGUUUGGCCGCAGGCUUAUUGGGCCAGCGUUAAGAAAGCCAUGGCCGGCAGGAUGUAA